GCGGAGGGUGACGGGCGCUUCCUCGCCCGGAGCCGCCGUCUUGCAGCCGCCGCUUCUCCGCGGCCCUGCUGCCGCCCGCUCCGGCCCCGGGACCCGGGCCUCCUGCCGCCCCUCCAUCCCCCCCCCCGCCGGGCCCGCCGCUUCGGCUCCUCGUUUCGACCUCACCCUCCCGGGCCCGGCCAUGGCGGACUUCGAUGAGAUCUACGAAGAGGAGGAGGACGAGGAACGAGCGCUGGAGGAGCAGCUCCUCAAGUAUUCUCCCGACCCGGUGGUGGUGCGCGGCUCCGGCCAUGUCACCGUGUUUGGACUAAGCAACAAAUUUGAAGCAGAAUUUCCUUCAUCUUUAACUGGGAAGGUUGCACCCGAAGAAUUUAAAGCCAGCAUCAGUAGAGUUAACAGUUGUCUUAAGAAGAACCUUCCAGUUAAUGUACGAUGGCUACUUUGUGGAUGCCUUUGCUGCUGCUGCACUUUAGGUUGUAGUAUGUGGCCAGUUAUCUGCCUCAGUAAAAGAACACGAAGAUCGAUUGAGAAGUUAUUAGAAUGGGAAAACAAUAGGUUAUACCACAAGCUGUGCUUGCAUUGGAGACUAAGCAAAAGGAAAUGUGAAACGAAUAACAUGAUGGAAUAUGUCAUCCUUAUAGAAUUUUUACCAAAGACACCGAUUUUUCGACCAGAUUAGCAUUUGAUUUAUUUUUAAGAGACUUAUUCAAGUAUGUUGUCUUUCCAAUGGUGCCUUGCUUGGUGCUCUCCUGGUGGUGACAUAGCAUUGGUUCUACAGACUCUUGUGGUGUUUCCAUUCUUUUUUUGUUUUGUUUUUGUUUGUUCAUUUGUUUUAAUAAGAGCAUGUUCUAAGUGCAUUUGGUCAAACUCUGCAAAGUCAUUUCAUGCAAAUGUUAACUACUACUUAAGUUAUUACUUUUACUACUUCUGUUUGUUAAUGUAUCUUGAUUUUCAGAGAGUCUUUUAUGUGUGCGCGCGUGUGUACAUAUAUUACUAUAAAUACACAGCUGAAAAUGUUCUACAAGUGAGCAGGUAUUUUUUUUUACCCCUAAAUGACAAAACUGUUUGAUUGUACAUUGUGUAAGUCCUCUUGAUUAUUAGUUUAUGUGCUGAAAUAUCAUCAAAGAUCUACCUAAACUUUUGUCAGUGACUAGUCAGUUGUAAAUAUUUUUAUUUCUUUUUGGAUAUUGGCUAGCUUCUUCCAACAAAAGAGGGUAAUAAAGUUCCUUUUGAAAUUGUGCUUUUUGGAACCCAUAUGCCAUUGCAUUAAUAGGAAUCUCUGUGCUUUUCAUGAAGAAGUCCUGUCAGCUGGUUCUGAAGAAGUUCUAAACUUAGAAGAAAAAAAAGCAAAAUAGAAUUACUCAUAUUAGAAAAUUGUUGAACAAAUUGCAUGCAUCUGAUUAGUAGAAUUCAAGAUUUCAACAAUAUGUUAGUAUGUAAACCAAUUUCUUAUGUUGGUUUAUAAUGUAGCAGUUUUAAUUCAGGCUAAUGCCAUGUAUCAUUUUAUUUGUAUUGUUUACCAGACACAUACAGUGUACAGGGGUGCAGAAGAUUGUUUUACUAAAAUUUUUUCUCCAGGCAGACCUUUCAGGGUGGUUGGUUUUUUGUUUUUUUUUUCUUUUCCAUUUUUAAUUUUAUUUUAAGCCACAUAAGCAGAAGAAAGUUAGUGGGCUAAUUUUGAAUAGUACAAUUCUGGGUACAAAUGCAGGUGCCAUAUGUCAGAAGUUAUCAAAAUACGGUAUGCUGGUCAGCAGUGUAAAUGUAAUUAUGUUAAAUAAUUAUGUACUGCACCCUUGCUUCUGCUCAUUGUCUGCUUUUGGUUUACAAAGCUUAUUUUCUGCACAGUACGAAGUCUUUUUUUUUUUUAAACUGGAUAUUUGAUGUUUGCUUGGGUCAGGCCAGUUGUAUUUUAUUUCUUCUGCUUGUAUCUUAGUUGUACAUAUCUUCAGACAUAGCUUUUCUAAAUUGCUACCUAUAUUUUAAGGUUUGCUUUAUGUAUCUAAAAUUACUGUACAUGAACAUUAAUGUAAGCUAUGAAUAUCUUCCUUGUACAGUUGUGGUAGCAAGCAAUAAUGUGAAUAUAUGAAAAACAGAUACACUCUGCUUAAUAUUUGUAUGAAUGAGAAGUUGAUACCACUACAAGAGUAAUUUUCUCUUUUUAAUCUUUUAAAUACAAGUUUUAUUUCAAGGUAAUAUAUUACAGGUACCUUGAUGCUGUGAACUAUUUUUCUAUGUCUUCAAAAUAUUUAUUCUCUGUAAAAUAUUCUCCAGUGAGUAUUAUGUUCCUAAAUGUUUGAUAGUGGGAGUGGUCUAGGAACUUUUAAGUUUUCUUAAAUUCAUAUCUCUGUAUCAGCUCCCUAAAACCACCCAUUGCUCAGCUUUUGUGUGUGAAUUCCUGCUGUUUACUUUAAAAAUAGCUCAGCUAUGCUUUUCAUACAGCCUACAAGUGUUUGUUUGAUUUCACUGAAGGUGACUUUUUAAUCAACAAGUAUCACUUUUGUGCUGUCUAGGUCUUCUGGGGCCCGCAGUGGUUUUUU